AUGGAGCAAGCCUCGUAUAAAAAAAUUAAAAUUGCCGCUAUAAAUGCCAAUUCAAUUGGUACUAUUAAACGUAGAUAUGAUCUGCAAACCUUCAUUGAUCAAAACGAGAUUGACAUAUGCCUCAUAUCCGAAACAAAAUUAAAUGCCAAGCAUAAAGUCCAAUUAUCUAAUCACCAGUUGGUCAGAACAGACAGACCCAACUCUACCAAAGGUGGUGGGACUGCUAUAGCAAUUCACAGCAAGCUAAAAUUCACGACAAUUCAUUUUCCUAAUUCUUCAAAAAACAAAGUCAUAGACAUCUACGCAACACAAAGUAAUGGCCAAAAAUUCAUCCAUGAGUUGGCAAAAUUGAUGAAAGAUUUUAAGCUUGACACCAGCAACAACUACUACCUGAUAGCGGGCGAUUUCAACGCAAAGAGUACUUCGUGGGGCGAUAUGACAUCAAAUGACAGAGGCGACAAACUGAUAGAGUGGAUGGAGGCCAUUUAUGUUGAGUACAAAGCGACACUCCUCUCUCCUAAAAGUCCAACCUUUCCCAAAGCCAAAUCCUUCCUGGAUCACUGCAUCAUGGACAUGAGAAUUGAUAUCGAAAACCUAGAAAAUGGGAAACUUCCAAUCCUACCAUAUGACAGCGACCAUUGGGCAAUCACUCUGACCAUCUCUACUGAUGACUGUGCUCCUGGAUUACUUGAACAACAGGAUACUCAUCUCAAAGCCCGCAAUUUCAAGAAAGCUAACUGGGUUAAAUUUAGGAAGCACCUACUAAAUAACUACGAUCAAGACAUCAAAAGCCUUAGUGACCAUAAUCUGUCUAUAGAGGAAAUUGACAACCAUAUUGAACAACUGGAGAGCAUCAUAACAAACUCAAUCAAAGCCACAAUUCCACUUAUCAAGAAAAUAGAAGACUACUUCCUGAAAUAUAAUAAUAAAUCCAUAAAACGCCUACAUGCAUACAAAUCAUAUCUCAUCAGACGACAAUUUGACAACAUCCCCAUCAGUAACCAAGAAAAAUCCAGAAUCAAGCUCACCAUCAAAAGAAUAAAUAAACUUAUCCAUAAGGAAUUUAAAAAUACAGUCACUGCUUACUGGGAGGCACAGACCAAGAGCAUUAACUACAAAAAUCCGCAAAAAUUCUUCCCCAAAAUUAACCGUAUGCUCAGGCCGAAGAAAGACAUCAGCAUCAACACAUUAAAAAUUCCAAUGGACAAUAGUACUCUCAGCAACCACUGCUCCAAUAAGUUUCCUGAACUAGUCAACAACAACGAAAUCAUAGCUACAGAUCCUGACACAAAAUUGCAUAUCAUAGGUAAAUACCUUGAAAGCAUAAACGCUCCAAGAUACACCAAUCUUGGUACCAUCACAAAAUUAAGUGUCGACACGGUAGCUACAGACAUCAAGAAGAUAAAAGACAACAUGAGAACUACAAAAGGGUCUUUUGUGGACUUCUCAACGAGUAACCCAGCUCACUACCCGGUAACAAAAGAUAAUGAGCCGAAAUUCUUGUUCAGUUACAUAGAAGUCCUGUUAAUUCUACAGAAGCUUAAAAAUAAAACAUCUGCUGGGUUAGAUAACAUUCCUACUAUCGUGCUUAAAAAUCUACCUGAAUUAGUCAUUAAACAUUACACCAUCAUAUUCAACAAUGCGAUUAAUUUAGCGUACUAUCCUCAAAGAUGGAAAGUCGCAAAAGUGCUUCCCAUCCCAAAGAAGGACAAAAACAUAGAGCUGCCGCAAAGUUAUCGACCAAUCAGUCUCACCAUGGAGUCAGUAAAAUCUUUGAAAGACUGGUCAAACAACAACUGCACAUUAUUAUUAGCGACAAAAAGAUCAUACCAAAUAAUCAAUUUGGAUUUAGAAACAAGCAUGCAACAACCCAUGCAAUGA